AUGUCCGCAAAGUCGAUCCUCGAAGCCGAUGGCAAGGCCAUCCUCAACUACCACCUUACCAGAGCUCCCGUCAUCAAGCCCACUCCUCUUCCCGCAGCUGCCAACCACAACCCUCACGCCAAGCUCUGCUCCCUCUACUUCGCCGAGGGUGUUUCCCCCAAGGAUGUUCUUGACGAGGCCGAGGUCAAGUACCCCUGGUUGCACGAGUCUGGCGCCAAGUUCGUUGCAAAGCCCGAUCAGCUCAUCAAGCGACGAGGCAAGAGCGGCCUUUGGCCUUGA